CAAAUCAAAAAAGUUCAGAACGUUUUAAAAUUUCAAUUUCAAAAAGUUUUUGGGGAUGUUAACUGAAAAAUUAUCCACUUCUGAUAGUGAAUUAGAAUGCAUAAAAGAAGUUUCAGUUAACAAACAGCUUGCAAAUUUAAAAUAUGUCUGUAAAUUUGGGGAGUGUGGUAAAAGAUUUAAGAGGGAGACCUAUUUAGAUAGACAUGAGUUUCAUCAUGAUGGAAUUAAAAAGCACGUUUGUUUAUACGAUAACUGUGAAAAGUCUUAUAUUAUAUCAACCCAUCUUAAGCGACAUGUUCAAACUUUCCAUGAAAAGUAUCGCAAAGAGAAAAAAUUUAAAUGCACCAUAGCGAACUGCAAUAAGCAGUUUGACUCUUUAUAUAAUGUUGAACGACAUGUUACUAGCACUCACCAGAAUUCAAAAACAUACACUUGCAAAAGUUGUGGCAAAAGUUUUUCUAGAAAAUUGACAAUGAGGAGGCAUGAGAUUAUGCAGCACAAUGGCGAAUAUCCAUACAGAUGUAACGUUUGUAAUAAAGGAUACAUUCAGGAAACACAUUUGAAAAAACAUAAAUGCUUACAAAAGGAGGCUUUGUACAAGUGCGAAAGAUGUAACAACGCGUUUACAAAAUGGUCUUUGUUAAUUGAGCAUUCAAAAAGUGAACAUGAGAGAGCUAUAAUGUGUAGUUGUUGUGGCAGGGAAUUUCAUAGAAAGAUUGAUCUUCAAAAUCAUGAAAAUAGUGUGAAAAAGAAACAAGAAAGCGAAAACACAAAAAUUGAAUGUCCUUACGAAGGCUGUGAUCGUAUAUACAACUUUAGAAAGAAUUUAAACCACCAUAUUAAAGUAAAACAUUUAUGUAAAAAAUAUAAAUGUCCAAUUGAGGAAUGUGGAAAAGAAUUAGCUACGAAACAAAAACUUAAUCUGCAUAUCGAAAAAAUGCAUAAAAUGAAUAAAAAGGUAUUGAAAAAGGAUAAAACCAAAAUAAAGAAGAGGAGGAGAACAAGAAAGGACGCUGGGCAACCGAAACGAUCUUUCGCAAGUCGAUUAUCUAAUGUUGUGUUCAACAAUUUGAUUGAAAAAACUGUAUUAUCCAAAGAAACAGGCGAAAUUGAGGUGACGAAAGAUACUGAUGUUUUACAACCAGAAGUUGAAAACAAUGAAAAAAUUGCAGGUUCAGUUGUCACUUUGGAACUAGAUAACUUUUAA